UUUAGCAUAAUCGCUAUUCCCGUCACUUCACCAUUGAUGGUGGUUUGGGUGGAGCUUUACGCAAUCCCAUUAUACCCAUCACCACAUUUUCUCAGAUUCCUUCCCUAUCUUCCAUAUUUCAUCUCUCUCUAUCCUUCCCCUUUUCGUUAUUUUUUCUUCUUCUUUCUUUACUGUAAUACCCUCUCUCAUCAUAUCUCUCCCUCUCUCUGUUUCAGAGCAAGGAGCACGCCUUUCCCUGUUUUCGUUAGAAGUUUCUCUCUGUAAUACCCAGAUCCAUUUUUCUAUCUUCUGAAAACAGAGAAGAAAAGGGUCAAGUUGGGAGGGAAGAACCAUGGGGAAUAUUAGUAGCAGCGGUGUUAAUGGGAGAAGAAGACACGGUAGUCGCCGGAGCCACCCGCCGCCGCAGCCUCCUCCGGCGCCUCCUCAGCCGGAAAUCUCUGCCAACCGAUAUGUGUUCGCUGCCGCCACGCCGUACCCAACCCAAUAUCCUAACCCUAACGCUACUCAGUACUACCAAUACCCGGGAUACUACCCGCCUCCACCUCCCGCCAUGCCGGUCCCACUACCGGCGCCUUAUGAUCAUCACCACUACCAUCAUCAUCCUCAGCGCGGCAUGGAACCCGCCAAUUGGGCGGGUGGUAGGUACGCAUGUGGGCCGAUGAUGCCCCCACCGCUGCCCUACGUUGAGCAUCAGAAGGCCGUCACAAUACGCAACGACGUUAAUUUGAAGAAGGAAACUUUGAGAUUGGAAGCUGAUGAAGAGAACCCGGGUCGAUUUUUGGUGACAUUCACGUUUGAUGCUACUGUUGCCGGAAGCAUAACUGUUAUUUUCUUUGCGAAAGAAGGUGAGGACUGCAACCUGAGAGCAAUGAAAGAAGACCUUCUUCCACCAGUGACAGUCAAUUUUGAACAAGGUCUUGGACAGAAGUUCAGACAGCCUUCUGGAACAGGGAUUGACUUCUCAAUAUUCGAGGAGGCGGAGUUGAUGAAGGAAGGUGAGAUGGAUGUCUUUCCUCUGGCUGUGAAAGCAGAAGCAUCUCCAGUUAACGAAAAUGGAUCGGAUGGAAGCUCAGAGUCUGGAGGCAUGAACUCUCAGAUAACACAAGGAAUAUUUGAUAAGGAGAAAGGUGAAUACCAGGUGAGGUUAGUGAAGCAGAUCCUAUGGGUGAAUGGAAUGAGAUAUGAGUUGCAAGAGAUAUAUGGAAUUGGUAAUUCAGUUGAUGGUGAUGUUGAUGCAAAUGAUCCAGGAAAAGAAUGUGUUAUCUGCCUCUCAGAGCCUCGUGACACAACUGUUCUCCCUUGCCGGCACAUGUGUAUGUGCAGCGGGUGUGCCAAGGUUUUAAGGUUCCAAACAAACCGAUGCCCGAUUUGCAGACAACCAGUUGAGAGGCUUUUGGAGAUAAAAGUGAACAGCGGAGGUGAUGAAUGAAGAAAGGAUGGGUUGCCACCAGUAGCUUGUGUUGCCUGUAUAGUAGUUUGCUUGUGUCUCUUGUUUUUCCGCAUUCAUUCUGAAAUUUCAUCUUCUUACAAUUGCCUGCUUUUAUGGAAAUGAGACAGGAAGCUAUAACACCUCCAAGGUGUAAGGCAAGAAAUGAAUGAAUUUGUGGGCAUUGUUGGAGAAAUACAUAAAAUCCAAUGCCUGGUGUAUGUGUGUGGCAAUUCACUGGAAUUUUCUUCUGUUAUUCAUAUAAAAGAAUAGUAAGUGUUCUAUUUGGUUUA